UUUUUUUUUUCCGUUCUGAGGAAACGAAUACGCAAGUUUAGUAGAAGCAUUCAGCGCCACUCAUGCAUCACCAGUGGCACAUUAUAAAUUAUGCAUAGAUAUUUAUAUGUGUAAGGUUCUAUUCCGCCGAAGCCGCCAUGGACGACGGCUCUCACGCCGACCACCAUAACAAUCUCCACCGCCGCACCACUCAAACCCUAACCAGAGCUCAUGCUCUCACAACUACUGACUGCAACACCACCACCACGGCCAAUCUCGUCAACCACUCCUAUAUGGAAGAGAACGAAGGCGCCGGCGACGAAUCCUUCGACGGCGGCAGCUCCCGGAUGUGGACCACUUUCACUGACAGCUUCCAACAGGUGCAGUCGGUUUUGGAUCGGAACCGAGUUCUGAUUCAGCAAGUGAACGACAACCAUCGGUCCAAAAUUCACGACAAUUUGGUUAAAAACGUUUCUCUCAUUCAGGAAAUUAAUGGUAAUAUUAAUAAAGUCGUUUCCCUCUAUUCUGCUCUCUCCGUUAACUUUUCGAACAUGUGUCAGCAGCAGAUUAGUGGCAAAGAAGAAGCCGGAAAAUCUGAUAGCUGAAGAAUUUUUUUGGAACAAAAUUGAGUCCAUCAACUUUGCAAGGGAAUCACACAGUUUUAUUAUACUACGCAAAUGUUUUAUUUUUGUUCUUUGUGCUAAUCGUAUCAUUGUCUUGUGGAGAAAUUUGGAAGUAAAAAGGUGUGUGAAUGUUUUUCAGAA